AUGAAGUUCGGAAGAAAUCUCCCACGGAACCAGGUUCCAGAAUGGGCUUCCAACUACAUCAACUACAAGAAGCUCAAGAAGUUGAUUAAGAGUGCUUCUGAGAACAGCCGGCAGCAAGAUGGCUCGAAUCCGGAUCUAGCAGGCUUCUUGCACGCUCUCGACCGGAACCUCGAAGAUGUCGACUAUUUCUACAACAAAAAGUUUCAAGAUUUCUCGCGCAGAUUGAAGUUGCUUGAAGAUAGAUAUGGAUUCACCCUCCAGAACACCCAGGACAUCGACUCUGAUGAGUCCCAAGACCUGCUAGCUGCCUUGCUCGAGCUCAGAGCAGAGGGCAGGAAGCUCACAUGGUAUGGCGAAGUCAACAGGAGAGGCUUCAUCAAGAUUACGAAGAAGUUAGAUAAGAAGAUUCCCAGUGCCCAAGCACAGCAGCGAUAUUUGGAGCUCAAGGUCGAGCCAGCACCAUUCGCAACCAAUUCACAGCUCGUACCUCUGCUCACGAAAGUCAACGAUUGGAUUUCGAUCCUUACAGAAGCAGCAGUAUCAGCAAGACCCGACGAUACUGUCUCGAUCGGUUCGGGCUCCCUCAAACGCACCACCUCUAGGCCUAGUCUCGAGUUCUCGGCAGAGCGUCUCGGUGCUCUUGAGAAUCACCUGAGAACGGAUGAUGCUCUACAGCUUGAGAAAUUCAUUAUCGACGCGAAGAAAGGACUCCCAAAAGGUUCCGAGCCAUCGUUUCAAUCGUUUCUGAAGACUCUACUGCACAAAGCCAUCGCCCUUCGUGGGAAGAAGUCUAUCACAACACUUCUGCAGUACAUAGUCUUUCUUGACGAGCAAGACGAUCUGAACCGUCGGAAUUGUAUCCAUCGCCUUGUCAUAGCCAUCGGUCGGACCCAUACAGUGACAGAUGACGAAGAAGGAAAUUCAGACACGCUUGAUGUACGAGACGAUGACAUUGGCUUCAUCACACCAGCUGCAUCGCCAUCUAAACCUUUCAAGCGCACGCUACCUCACGAGCCCAAGCACAGCCGGCCACUUACCUCAGACGGAGACGCGGCUCAAUUCCUCGUUUCCUUCCUCGAUAAACUGAACUCGGUGCAGCGAUCUGCUUUGUCAGCCAGGGACAGUUAUGGGCGAUCGCCUCUACAUUUCGCAGCUGAGUACGGCGUUCGUGCUCUUUGUGAAAUAAUUGUGGAGCGACUUCAAGCAUGGAAGAUGUUCGAUGUAUCUCAGGGCAUCGAUGGUCCGAACUGGCAGGACGAUGAGGGUUGGGCACCACUGCAUCUAGCAGUCAUCGGUGGCCAUCCCAAGACCACCCAAUACCUGCUCGACUCUGAGAGAUCGAUGAAAGACGUCUCUGCGCCUGUAGCGAUUCGCCGCAACUCUCCCCAGUCCUCAGCUGUCUUGGCAUUGGCAGUCAAGUCUGAUUUUAUCGAGGUGGUACGCAUCCUGGUUGCAGCGGGUGUUGACAUCAACUUCCAGGACGAAUCUGGCGAGACGGCUCUCCAUGUUGCUGCGAGAUAUGGCCAUACAGAUUGUGCUCGACUUCUGGUCGCCGGCUCCCAAGCGCAAAUUGCCGACCUAGAGCUGCGCGAGAACACAUACUCCUGGACUCCACUCUUCAUCGCUUGUAUUGACGGCCAUUUGCCUGUGGUCGAGCUUCUGAUCGAUGCGAACGCAGAUCUUGAUACAAUAGACUCGUCGGGCUGGACUGCCCAGGAGCAUGCAUCCCUGAGAGGACAUAUUGAAAUCGCUGCCCGGCUCGACGAGCUCACGCGCUCUCCUGAUCACACAUCAAACACGUCUGCGUCCACGUCGCCUCCGAUAGCAUCUUCACUGAAUGACAGAUACAGCAAUGGCUUCGGUACGCAGCAGCCGCCAGGCAAAUUGAUGGAGCCAGUCAAGACAUUCGGCCAUAGGUAUCUGACGGACAAGAGUAUGAUACUGGUAUCGCUUGGCUCAAUGGACACGCGGAAAAAUGUACGAUCGGUGAACCUUGAUCGGAUACCUUUGGCAAAUGCUCACUCUACGCAACUUGACACUGCCCUGUCCAUCGUUGUCUCAGCUAAGGGAGCUGAUGGCGAGCCCGAGGUCUUCGAUCUACCAGUUCAAGACAACAUCUGCACGGAGCCGAUUGUGUUUCUGGCUGCUGAUCCGGACAAGGCUAAGAUCUACUUUGAUCUCAUUCCGACCUACUCUGGAGCUCGCGAUAGAGUCGUGGGCCGUGGCGUGGCCCUCAUAUCGAGUCUGACCACAAACCUAGGUGGCAAGAAAAUGCCACUGAAAGGCGACUUGACAGUGCCUAUUGUUGCAUCCGGCGAUAUGGAGGCGAUUGGAUCAGUCACCUUCAACUACCUAAUCAUCAAGCCUUUCCAUCACCCCAACAUGUCGCUUAGCGAAAACAAGACCUACUGGAAGAGUAUGACAAGCACUAUGCUCAUUGGUCAUCGUGGACUGGGCAAGAACUUUGGCCCUGGGCGCAGAUCUCUUCAAUUGGGUGAGAACACCAUACAGUCCUUCAUUGCGGCUGCCAAUUUAGGCGCAAGCUACGUCGAGUUUGAUGUUCAGCUCACAAAAGACCAUGUCCCGGUCAUCUAUCACGACUUCACAGUCAGCGAGACAGGCAUUGAUGCGCCCGUACAUACACUGACAUUGGAGCAAUUUCUUUCGAUCAACGACAUGCGUACACCGCGUCAAUCCAGACCCGCAUCGCCCACAAUAGGUCCUCCUCGAUCAAAAGCGAUGCCGACGGAUCCUCGUGAUAGGGCACGAAUGCGAUCCAUGUCAGUCGGUGGGGACCACGAGGCAGCAGAUCUUCAAGAUCGGGCACGACAUACUCGCCCGUACAAGCUAAAAGGAUUUGUGCCAAACACGCGAGGUACCACAAUCCAAGCGCCAUUCACAACACUCGAGGAGAUGUUCCGCACACUGCCGUCCCACAUGAGCUUCAACAUUGAGAUGAAGUACCCAAUGCUCUUCGAGAGCGAAGACGACGACAUGGACACAUACGCCAUCGAGCUGAAUGUUUUCGUUGACACCGUCCUGAAAAUGGUCUACGACCUCGGCAAGGGGCGCAACAUCAUCUUCUCGAGUUUUCAUCCAGACUUGUGUCUGCUACUCAGCUUCAAGCAGCCCAACAUUCCCGUGUUGUUCUUGACGGAUGCUGGCACUUCAGAAGUGGGCGAUAUCCGAGCCAGCAGUCUACAGGAAGCCAUUCGCUUUGCCAGUCGUUGGAAUCUACUGGGCAUUGUCUCUGCCUCUGAAGUCUUCGUCUACGCUCCACGGCUGGUUCGAGUUGUCAAAGAAACCGGCCUGGUCUGCGUCAGCUACGGUGUCAUGAACAACGAUCCGGCAAGCGUUGCCUUGCAGACGAAGCAAGGCAUUGAUGCAGUGAUAGUCGACAGUGUGCUAGCUAUCCAGCGGAGUCUGCUCACCAGUGAUUCAGCUGUUCGAGCAAAUGGUGUCAGUGGGCCGAUGGUCGGCAGUCUAGCCAGUGUGCUGAAGUUGGGAUCAGAUAGCACGGAGAGUCUCGAGAUCCCCAAAGUGUCUCUGGACGAGGGAACACCGCUAAAGAGUGUCUCGUCUGUGGCGGUGGACACUCCCGUGGCGGCCACUACUAAUGGCGUACAGGCGUUGAAGGUUUGA